AUGCUAAAUUGCGUUGAAGAAGAUGAAGAUACUUGUCUACAAUGUGAAGUUGGGUAUCAGUUAGAUCCAGUUUCGAAAGGAUGUGUUGAAGGGAAUGAUGGAUGUCUUUAUUAUGAUACAAAUGGAAAGUGUAAAGAGUGUUAUUUCAAUCAUUUACUGGUGAAUGAGAAAUGCACAAAAUGUGAGAAUGUGGAUCAUUGCAUUAAUUAUGAUGGUGAUUGUAAGUGUAAUGCAUGCCCCUUGAAUUAUUACCUCACUGCACAGAAUACGUGUGAAACCAAAGAUAAGUAUUGCACUGGAUUUAAUCCGGAUAUACCAACUCAAUGUGAUAUGUGUAUUAGUGGAUUUUAUUUAAAUAUAACGACAUACACAUGUGAACAAGGUAAUAUAAAAAAUUGCAUGAUCUAUGGUGUUUCAAUUGAUGGAGUUGUUUCGUGUUCCCAAUGUAUUAUUGAUUACAUAAAAAUGGAUGAUAACAAUUGUAAACCACUUCAUGAAGUUUUUGGAGAACAUUGUAUUUAUGGAGAAAAUAACAUAAAGUGUGAAAGUUGUGACGAUGGGUACUACGUAUCUGGAAAGGAAUGUAAAAAUUGCAUUGACCAUUGUCUUGUUUGUUCUGCUGCUGAUGAGUGUACGAUGUGUGAAGCCGCUUAUGUUUUUGAUCCUUCAACCAAAAAAUGUGAAGCAUGUACAUCUGGAUGUCAUUCGUGUGUACCCGAAAAUGGUAAAACAACUUGUAGAGAGUGUUUACCAGAGUACAUUUUACAAAAGGAUGGCACUUGUCUCAAAAGUCCAAACGAAGCUUACAAGUGCAAUGAAGCAGCCACCACCGAAACGGAUUGUAUAUCUUCUGGACAAAAUUGCAAAUUUGAGACAAUCAAUACAAAGACGUUCCUUUGUACAUACAAAGGAAGUAAUUGUACUACUUGGGAUGUUUCCAAUGUAUGUACCAAAUGUUCAGAUAUCACAUUUAAAGUCAAUACAGAUAAUUCAAAAGUAUGUAUUCCUCUCACAAACAAUUGUAAGACAUACACAUCCGGUCUUUCAGGAAUAGUAAAAUGUGUAGAAUGCAGUGAUGGUUAUUUCAUGAAUGAAGACUUUACAUGUUCGAAGUGUGGUGAAAUGUGUUCAGAGACGUGUGAGUAUAAAGACAACUAUUGUGAUGAUUAUACAUGUUCGGAUUUCUUAUGUGAAAAUUGUAAUAAAAACAAAGGAGUAUGUGAGAAGUGUUAUUACAACAAAGUCAACGAAAAAAAUAAUUGUGGACCAGUCGCAUGCAUUGAGCCGGUCGCUGACGGUAAUUGUGGGAUGUGCUUGAGAUACUCAGAAGAGACUAAAAUCGUCAACAAAUAUACCAAUCCAAGUCGCGUUCCAGUCACAAUGGAAUAUUUCUUACCUGGGUUGGACUUAAACUGUUUCGCUGAUGACAAUCCGAGUUCGAGUAAAUCAGAAAGUGAAUCAUCUGAUGAUUUGACUUGGCUUUGGAUAACACUUGGUGUGGUUGGUGGACUUGUGGUUGUGGCUCUUGUCAUAGGCGCAAUUGUUGGUGUUGUGUUCUAUGUGUUGAAGAAGAAGAAAUCGUCCGAAUACGCAAAGAUCGAACAGUAA